AUGAAGCGUUAUGCGGUGAAACUGGCAAUCCUAGAAAAUACCCCAGACGCAUGCCUGCAUUUCAUUUUCUCCUGUAGUCGUUGUACUCCUUUGCAGAAACCUUGCCCAUUUUUGAAUUUCCAUUGCCUUGCCCAGGACCUGCAGCUAGAUCGCCUGCGCCUUCUCUUGGAGGACGUGUACAACAUCUGGCAGUUGUGGAAUGACCUGGAAGAUGUUGGACACUCUGGCGCUGCUCGCCCUCGGACGUAUGUCAUUUUUGCUCGCAAAGAUGCCAGAGUGCUGCGUCAGCCUACAGAUCUGUACAAGCAGGUGACAGAUCACCUGAAGGGGCUCUUGAGCACGGAGCCGAAAGACUACUUGACCGCAAGUCCAUUGGAGGUGGACCUUGAAGCUGCGGAGGUCUGUCGAAUCCGAAAAGUGGCGCAUCGGCCCGGCAGGGCUGACCUGAGCUACAUCCUCACCGAUCGAGAGAAACGCGCGAUCAGCAUCCUGUCCCAGGAGUACGUGAGAAGGUUCAAGGAGUUGCCGGAGAGCAACAGCAACCUUUGCUUUUUCUUAGGCGACGAUCCUCAAUGGAGUUACACAUGGUCGGCCAUCAGCAACAAGAUACCGACGCUGAGACGGAACGCCGCCAGUUCCAAGAUGUGGUUUCCGUCAGUGAGGCGGUGGUUGACUCAAGCGGAGACGUUGGGCGCAAUGUCCAUCCCAGUGCGUUGGGCAGUUGCAAAUGAGAUGGGGCUGCAGCCUGUGCCGGUCAAAGACCCCAAACGUGCCGCGUCUCUGGUAGGGAACGCUAUGGCCUUCAGUUGCGUGGGGGUCAUCCAGAUGAUUUCCUUGUCGUGCUUUUCGUUCCCAGAGUAA